AUGGAUCAUCGAACCGAAGCCGAACUGACUCAUAUGGAGAUGGAGACGGAGACGGCGGUUCAGCCAGAUGAGGUGGUAGCCAACGCGACCACCAGUAGCAGCAACCAUGGUAACCCCGUUUGGGAUUUGCUUACAUUAGCUCGACAUCUUAUCAACCAGGGGAAGCCUUCUCAAGCUCUCCAAGCAGUGGUAAUGGCAAUGAGAUCUGAAGGUGGGGAUGAGGCUGUAUUUCGGUCGUUGCAUCGUGCGCGUGAGUUAUACCAAAGUAGAUUGAGAGAUAACGCGGCUGCUGAUCAGCUAGCUUCGUUGUUCGCUGAAUGUGCAAUAGCCGAAGCCCAGCCAUUAAAGGCCGAGCUAGUUAGACCUAAUUAUUACGAGGGGGAAUCGUUGGUUGUGGGCGCCGAUGAUGGUGGUGGUGGAACCUCUAUACUGGCCGAAUCGGGAAGGAUGCAGAUUGUGUUGGAUGCAUUCUCGGAUGGGAGUAGCUUUAUCUGUUUACAAUGCGGAGGCCUUGUUAGCAACAACCGCAGAGAUGAGCACUAUGCAUAUUGGUGCUGCCAAAUUUGAAUCCUUUCUUCUUUUAUAUCUGACUAAAUCAAGAAAAUCCUUUCUUGAUUUUCAGUUCAUUUGAUGUUAAAAUUCAUGGGCUAUUUUAACCCUCAUAUUUAGUCAUUACUGAAGGGAUUAAUUAUGAUUGAAAGAGGAGCCAUUGGUGGACUGGUUGAGUUGAGACAGAGAGGGACCGAGGUUGGGGUUGGGUUUCUAGUAUUAAUGGUAUUGGAUGAUAAUGUUUGAUAACUAUUUUUAUGUUGAAGAUAAGAAUAUCUUAUAAAUUUCAGUCUGAGAAUUUUCCAAUUUCAACAAUAUAUAGUAUCUAUCUUAUACGGGUAGGAGGUAAUAUAGUGUUAUGAUUGCUAGGCAAUGUAAUUAUAUGGCUCAUAACAUUGUCAAAUGGGCAAGAGUGCUGGGCAACCAAGGCUCUAUUCCUUUGCUAAAUGAUUAUCUGGAGUGACAAUAAUCUUGAUGUUGGUUAAUUCAGACUGACUUCCUUUCUAUUUCUUUGUUCUGUUUUUAAUUUAGAGUGUGUUGUACUCUGUUUCUGUUUGUUUUGUUUGUUAGUUGAUUCCUUUGUUUUUGUUGAA